GUCACGUCACGUGACGUUUGCGGAAGUACAAAAGCCGAAUUAAACACAGCUUUUUAGAUUUCAGAGCUUUUAUUAGUAACUUAAACAAACCGGUUUAAUGGCUGCACUAAAAUACGCAGGAAUGGAUGAUACUGACAGUGAGGAUGAGCUUCCUCCAGGGUGGGAGGAGAGAGCCACAAAGGACGGCUGGGUUUAUUAUGCUAAUCAUGACGAGAUGAAGACACAGUGGGAACAUCCUAAAACUGGGAAGAAGAAACGCUGUGCAGGAGAUCUUCCUUAUGGGUGGGAGCAGGAGAUGGAUGACAAGGGGCAGAUAUUUUAUGUUGACCACAUCAAUAAGAGGAAGACGUACUUUGAUCCUCGGCAGGCCUUCACCGUAGAGGACGUGCAGGUGAAGCCUAAGCGCUAUGAUGGCAAUACUGCAGCGCUGGAGAUCCUCCAGGGUCACGAUCUUUCUGACAAGGUCAUAAUCAUUACAGGGGGCAAUUCUGGUAUCGGUUUUGAGACAGCGAGGUCGUUUGCCCUUCAUGGUGCCCAUGUGAUCUUAGCCUGCCGGAACAGCGCUCGCAGCAGUAAAGCAGUUAACCGGAUCCUAGAGGAGUGGCACAAAGCUCGCGUCGAAGCCAUGAUGCUGGACUUGGCAUCGUUGAGAAGUGUCCGAGAGUUCGCGGAGGCCUUCAAAGCAAAGAAACUGCCCCUGCACAUCCUGGUAUGUAACGCGGCGGUGUGUACACAGCCGUGGUGUUUGACGGAGGACGGCUUGGAGUCUACCUUCCAGACCUGCCAUCUGGGCCAUUUCUUCCUGGUGCAGCUGCUGCAGAACGUUCUGCGGCGUUCAGCUCCUGCCCGUGUGGUUGUACUGUCCUCUGAAUCUCACAGGUUCACGGAUCUAGUGGACUCUUGUGGAAAGGUGGAUCUGGCUCUGCUCUCACCACCUCAGAAGGAGUAUUGGUCCAUGCUGGCCUACAACAGGGCCAAGCUCUGCAACAUCCUCUUCUCCAACGAGCUGCACCGUCGCCUCUCUCCUCAUGGAGUCACUUCCAACGCCGUGCACCCUGGGAACAUGAUGUAUACAUCCAUCCACCGCAGCUGGUGGCUCAUGACCUUCCUUUUCAAUCUGGCACGUCCCUUCACCAAGUCCAUGUCUGAGCAGGAGGGACGAUCAGUACAGAAAGGCUGUACAGAGAGGCUUCCAGGCAGCAGGAGACCAGACACAGGAUAUAGGAGUCAUAGCAACAAGGUGCAGCCACUACGGUGUACUGUGCCGUGGCUCCGGAGCUGGAAGGCCUGGGUGGGAUGUACUUCAACAACUGUUUCCGCUGCUUGCCGUCAGCGCAGGCCCAGGACCCGUCCGGCGCCCUCGGCCUGUGGGAGCUCAGCGAGAGGCUGGUGCUGGAGCGGUCCGGCGGCCCUCAGGCACCGUGAGCACGACAUAAUCCCUCAGCCCGGCACGGCACGGCACGGCUUACCAUCGACCGUCGCCACGACUGAUUGUUUCUUCACCAUGCACGAGGAGGGCUGAGAUAAUAAAGAGCAGAAAAAGGGAAAGGGAAUUUAUAGUCCAAGGAUGCGGUCUGUUAGACUGACGGAUGGAAGCAAAGAGAGAGAAAGAGCGAGAGAGAGAUUUGUACUUGUUUCUUAUUCGGGCCACAUGUGGGUUUCUCAUCUUUCUUCUGUAAGGUGAUUGAUUAGAGCUACCGCUAGAACACUGUACACUUUUCCUCUAAUCGACAACUAACACCAAGUUUUCUAGCUAGGGGGCGCCGACGAAAAGAAAACGCGUUAAAUCGUCGGGUCCUCUCAGUCGACUGGACAGAAAAUUCAGAGAUCUAAAAUAUCAGGACUUAAAACGGUCAUUAUCGCGCAUCCGUCUGUACAAAUCAACACGAACGAGUAAAUGCUGUACCGGAGGUGCAGAGACGACGGAGAGGAAGAGCAGACGUACGUCGUCUAUUUACAUACUGUAUACAACCACCGAAAAGGACCUGGUCUGUAUAGAUAUGCUGUACAUAAUAUACACAGAGUGCCGUUCUACUUCACAUACGUUUCAGAAUGACUCUCCCGAUUCGUGACUCCGUCCGCCCGAAGACUUUUCAGAUACAGUGAACGUUUACAAAAUUCUACGUUAAUGCUAGUUACGACGAAGCGGCGUCUCCGAGGACGACGGGAGGACGACCGGUGCCGGCUGAAGGGAAGAGUCUCACAGUCUUAAGAGAUUUCAGGUGGAACUUUCCUCUCGAACUCCCUUUUUUUUUUUUUUUUUUUUUCCUCGUCCUUUGAUUUUUGUGAAUGUUUGGAAAACGUUUUUUUUCCCGUAAAAAGGUGGUCUUCGUUCGCUGACAACCGACUUUAGAAGAAAGAAAAAUUCAGCAGAAGAAGAGAAGGUGGCAAAGACUGAAGAAUGGCACCGGCUCUGUUUUUUUCCCUUUCCGUUUUCCUCCUUUUUUUUCUCUUCCUUUCUUUGCGGGUUGACUGUUGUGCUUUGGGGCCGUCUUGGUGCCAUGGGUCAGUCUGAGCUAGAAGCAUUCCAGUGUUGUGGGACCUGUAAAGAAAUGAAAGAGACAAAUAAAGAUUCGUUGUUCGA